GCAGCAGCAGCUUACUCGUUGCUGAUCUCUAUAGACAAGCUCAGUCUUACUUGGGGAUUAGAGAAGAAGUCAUUCACAGAGUCUGUUUAGAUGUAAAGCGUGGUGGAUUUUUCACGAGCAGUGUUACAUGCAGCAGAGCUUCGGGGGCUCUGGUCCUCUCUGACAGUCUAUACUCCAAACAUUGAGGUGCCCUGAGGAGGAGAGGGGGGCGUCACUCUGGAUAAGGUACAGAACCAGACUUUUUACACACUGUUUUAACAGCUUCUGUAACUUCAUGGCAACUAUUAACUAUCACAAACAACUUGUAAAGGCUUAUACAAAUGCUGAAUUGUUGAUUGCAUCUUUUUGUGGCACUUCAUGAACUUGUUGUAGCUUGCUUGUUUUAUAUAUGCUGUCAGUGAUUUUGAGUUUACAUUGUGGAUCUUUAUUUGUCUUAAGCUCUUGAUUAAACAGAACUGAUUAAAUUCUGAUCAUACAUUUCUACUAUACUGUUUACAGCAGCUCAUGUUUACAUCCAUAACUGUCCCAAAGCUGGGCAUAUACUCCUGGGUGUUUGCAGAAAGAGCCUUGAUCACCUCUCUUCCCAAACAAAUAUACAUAUUUGAAAAUGUAUUAUUAGCCCUAAUUGUAGAAGUCCAUUAGAAUUAACUACUCUGAAAACAGAAAAUCUGACUGUUUACACUAUAAAGCAAAUACUAUUUAUUUCCCUUGAUUUAAACAACACUGUGACAGCAUGAGAGCUGUCAGCAUGAACACAUUAAUGGCAAUAAUGAGGUUCUAAAUUAAAGUGUUUCUCAUUUAAACUGCAUGCUAUUAGUCCAUUAGUCGCUUCUCACUGCCUCCUACUGUCUCUGUGAUGGCAAAUACCAUUCCACUUUGCUCUUCUAUUGUGCAUUUCACUUAAAAAAUCAGACGACCUAGUUGAAAAGCAGUAAGUAAAAUGAUCUUCUAGUAAAAGAGAUUUAAAAUAUCGUACCUUCAAGCUAAGCAUUCAGGUGCAGCUGAUCAGACAAAUUUAAGCGGGCAACUGCAUCAUCAUAUAAGACAGCAGAGUACGAGAUUCUGCAAAUAACUACAAAUAUGAAGACACCUUUAUUCUGAUAGGACAGCUUGAGAAAGAGACAGAGAGAGGGUUAAUAUGCACCAAAUUAUAACAGGGCAGGGAAUCAGCGCGGCUACUAAUGCAAGGAGGGCAGCUUCUCUACAUGCGGUCCCUGCUUUACUAACUGAGUCGAUCCAUUACCUCUACACUGUUAUCUUUAAAAAUAUAAACACUGUGUUUCACUGAAAAAGCACUUUAAAACUGUCUCCCACCUCUCAGUCAUGUCUUCAGACCACACUGGUGUAGAAAUGCAGCCUUUGUUUUGGCAAUAAAUCUCAAGGUAUGACCGUGACUUUAAAGUAACUUUCAUUGCAUCUGUCUGAUCCCGAAAUCAAGACACUGGUAGAAUUUUUUAACAGUCAUGAUUCAUAAUAAUAAUAAUAAUAAUAGUAAUAAUAAUGAUAAUAAUAAUGAUAAUAAUAAUUUUUAUAAUAAUAAUAAUAAUAAUAAUAAUAAUAAUAAUAAUAAUAAUAAUAAUAAUAAUAAUUGUUCUUAUUAUUAUUGUUAUUAUUAUUAUUAUUAUUAUUUUUAUUAUUAUUAUUAUUAACCCUUUAAUGCCAUUUGUAUCAUAUCUAUCAAAUCAAUAUUAUCAACAAAUUACUAAAAAAAAACCUGAAUACAGUCCAAUAAAUGAAAAAAAUGUCCUCUUGUGGUUUAUUAGUUUCCAAAAACAUGUUUUAAACCAGAUAAAUAAAUAUAUUUGUUAAAUUUUAAGGAAUUUUUGAUUUUUGGGGGGUUUCCAGUAGUAAGUGAAAUAAACAUUUCAGCUCCCAAAAAUGUUUUAAUUUUCUGGCCAUAAUUUGUAGUGUCAGGCAUUAAAGGGUUACAAAUGUGUUCAAUCACAAUCAACAACUGAAUUUCAGCAAUUAUUCCGGAUUAAAAAAUAAUCCCUUGACAGCCCUAAAUCAUGUUUUCAUAACCGCAAAGGCCCAACAGCAACCUCACAUCUACGCACAAAGCAGACAAGGCAGUUCCUUUUCUAUCAAAGCCCAUUGAUCCAAAUUGAUCCAUUUGCUUUCCAUGAACAUGAACACCCUGUAAGCAAUUUCUAAAUGAACACAGACACCUCCUGACUCUGAAAUACUCAUAAACAUUCAAACUUCCAGUGUGAACAAAGGCGCAAUGAAUCAGGUGUAGUUGAUGUGAUUUAAGCCUUUUGUGAGACGCUGCUUUGUUGCCUAAUGAGGGGAAACAAGAGGUGAUAGAGAGUUUCUCUGACGCACAAAGCUUCACUGAGCACAGCAAGAGGUCCCUGUUUUGACCUGACACACUGUACGUCCGUGUGUACAUCGCCCAUUCUACUGUUAAAUGCAUGUCCAUGACUUUUUUUCACCAUUACCAGGAAUGUACGCAUGUUUUCAUCUUAGGCUGUGCUUUUAUGUAAUGCUGUAAUAACAGGUGCUUUAAAUAUACAGUGACUGCUCUUUGCAAAAAUACCACAAAGAGUCAAUAUAUUUCAAAAUCAUUAAAGCAGCAUAUAAGUCUCAUAUAGUAUGCAUGAUUCACCGCUGCUCUGGUGGAUUAAGUACAGUACCAUCCCUUAGCUUAACUCUACAUUAUGCACUGUCUGUCACUGAGUCAACAACAGCGGACACAAUUUAAAAUGUGUUCUUGUUCUCCGAUAAAUUAUUAAUGUGAUACAUGACAGAUGUUUUACAGCAUCUGCGGUAAUGGAUGUGGCAGAGAGCGUCGUACUGCAAUUGUACCCAACUCCCUUUUCUAUAAUGCAGAUUAGAGGCAGACAGGAAGUGGCAUUACAUAGGGUGAUAACUGCUGUUAAUAUUGCGUGACUCACUCUGCACCCCUGAUUCCAUCACAUUAGCAAAAAUAUUGGAAUCCUCUUAUGAUCAUUUGGGCAGCUGAGCAGCAGCUGCAUGUAACAGUAUUCGGAGGUCCAAACAUCAAUUUCAUUACAAAAAUUACUUUACAUAAUCAACCCAGGAAAAUAUUUGUCAGACCUCUACAGCAUUUUGACAGAGUGAAAGAAUACACUUUCACUUUUAUGCAUUUCUCACUGGCAUAUUUUUAAAAUAUAAUCCUGUUUAAGACUUUUCUUGAGUUCUUUCUUUGCUCUAUCUCAAAAUAUAUAACCCUAAAUCCAAAAAAAGACACUGUGUGAAAUGCUAAUAAAAACAGAACUGAGGACAACAGUUUCUGAAAGUUUUGAAAGAGAAAUGUUGUCCCAUUCUUUCCUGAUAAAGAAUUUUAGCUGCUUAACAGUUUAGGGUCUCCUUUGCUUGUUUCAUUAUGUACCAAAUGUUUUCGAUGGAUGAGGAAAUCAGGACUGCAGGCAGACCACUUUAGCACCCAGGCUCUUCUUCUGCCGAGCCACGUUGUCGAUUCAUGCAGAAUACGGCUUAUCUUGCUAAAAUAUGCAAGGGCUGCUCUGGAAAUGGCAUUGCCUAAACGUCAGGAUAUGUUGCUCCAAAACCUGAUUGUAUUGUUCAGACUUAAUAGUACCUUCCCAAAUAAUAAUCUCCCCCCAGCCAUGGGUUCUUAUGCAUCCUCUUACCAUCAUUUGUGCUGGCUUUUGAUCUGCUAGUGUUCCUUCUCUUUUUAAUGCCGGGGACGUGGAGCCCAUAAUUAUCAAAAAGGAUGUCAAAUUUAGAUUCAUCACAUCAUUGGACACAACAGUCUAUCUGAAACGGGCUCAGGCUCAGAGAAAUUUUGAAUGUCAAUGAAUUGAAAAUGGAUAAUUUAUACUUAUAUAGUUUCCCUUUUUGCAUGGUAAACUUUUAACCUGAAAUCCACAGAUGCAAAUACACUAUGUUAAUUGACAGUGAUUUUUUAAAAGCGGUUUAGAGCUCAUGCUGUGAUUUCCACUGCAAAGUCUUGUUCAUUUAAAUGCAGUGUCGCCUCAAGCGCUGUAAUUUGGGCCUCAUCCCCUCUGGACAGAGGUUUGCCCAGAUUCUAUGAAUUCCCAAAUGAUGAUAUGUCCUGUGUGCUGUAAAACGUGACAGUACAAUCAUUAAACUGAACAGAGGAACAUUAUUCUUUAACAUCAUCAGACACUCACAUUGUCUGCAUUGCUCUUUUUAUACCCAGUCAUGCCGCUGACCUCUUGAAAAUUAGCCUAGUAAGUUGGCAGAUGCUCCUUAUACAACUUGCUUGCACAACUUUUUCAGUCUUUCAUUGUCCAUGUCACUACGUUUCUGGAAGGUAUUUUUUAAAGUGAGCAUAUACUUUUCACAGAAAAAGAAAAUAUCUAUUUUUUUGUCAGUUAAAAUCUUGUCAUUGCACUAUUUCUCAAUUAAAUCUUUACACAGUAUCCCAAAUUGGGGAUUGUAAAAUUUGGUUGUCCACAGUAAGACCUCAAAACACCUCAGCUCAGUUUAAGGUAAAAGCAUUUCACUAAUGCUGAGUAAGGCUUCAGUAGAUUCUCUUCUCUCAUAUAUUAUUAUAAUAAAUAUUGAGCCAUCCAACUCCCAGAGCAGUAAAUAAUUGAUGUUGAAAGGCAUAGACUAUUGUAACUCUUCUUUAAUCUAAUAGACAUUGCAAGGAAGAGAAAUGCAAGCUUUCUCUCAUCUUUCACAUCACUGUAUCAAACCAACUGGAAGAUUUAUUGUGGGCAAAAUGAAGAAGAAAAAAGAAGACAUAGAUGUAGUGUUGUGGAAAAGGAAAAAACAGAAAUGAACUUGGUGCAGAUCAUUUGAACUCAUAUUUAAGGAUAACACUAAACUCUGUUUUUUUUCCCACAGUGUUAACAGAUAUUUGGUUUAAAGCGCCAAAGCAAAUGUAAAGAGUUCACAUACCCCUCAUUCCAUGGAAAUUGCUCUCAAACAAAACAAAAAUGGGGUGAGACAAGGACCGAGGGGCUGAAUCAACACAUUUUUAGUCAUAUUUUUAUUUUCACCCAACCUUAUCCCCCCCAUGACUCUUCUGGACCCAUGACCCCCUGCUGUAUGCAUGACAUCUAUAUUAACAUAGCUGACACAUCUAGUCAUUUGUUAUUAAAAGAGACUAAAAAGGCUGUAUCCAUAACAGCCUUGUGAGGUUGUCAACAUCAAAAGUAUGCUAGCAAUGAAAUAAUGAUGGUUUUCAGCAGCUAUAGUGCUAAUAAUGCUCCGAAUCCUAGUUCUAAAAGUUCUGGUGUCUUUCGUGAAGACUAAUCAUGUUAUACAGUCUACGGUUUCAAGUGUAAGCAUGCAAGACUUGCACCAAGACAUUGACGAAGUAGAUCCAAAAUUUGAUUAUUGUGUCCUCAGUUUUAAAGUUAUUUAUUCAUGACACAAUUCAACAGUUUUGAUAACAGGGAUGACCACUAUGUCAGCAAUUUUUUUAUUCAAUAAAGUAUGACUAUGGAAACAUCAAAGUAAUUCUUUCCAUGGCCUCCAUGUAGCAGACCAAUGGGGGCUUCAUUUAUCCUGAAUUUCUAUGUAGGUAGUAGGUUGAUGGGUUGAUAAUGACCUCCAGAAAGGCUUUGUUCAGGGUCCAUAUGAGCAUGUAAUGGUAUGUCAAUUUCAAGCCAUUGCAUAUCUACCAGUUGGCCUAUACUAUACUGUGAACCCCAACACAUCUUGAGUUGGGCGUCAGGUUUACACCAUAACAUAGCUAAGACCCACAAAGACCCCUCUUGGACAUGUCUGACCCAAAAUCACAAGUUUUAAUGUUAGGAAGAAGGGAAGUCAAGUUAUCUGGCAAGGUUUGUAGGAUUCAAGGUUUGUUAGUAUGCACUGUGGUCACUUCACUCCUUCUCUUCUGUCCCUUAUCGUGGUAUUGCACUUAUGUAUUGUCAUUUUGUAUAUUUUUAACCCUUUUAACCUGUCAUGUUAUUGCUGUGUAUUUUAAUGUUGCCUCUGUUUUGCUGCUGGCUGCACCACAAAUUGCCCCUCGGGGACAAUAAAGAUUUCUUGACUUCAUCCUCUGGGACUGAUAUUGAUAUUGACUGUCGAGGUUUACUUGUAGCCAAGGUUGUGUCAAAUGGAUGUCAAGUCACAAUACUUAAAUAACCGCAAGAAAAUCCUUGCAAACUAAAAGUAUAAGAGACCAUGUAUUCACUUUUUUCCCUCCUUCAUACCUUUUUUUUCCUGAGAUUUAAGUGCCAACCAAAGAAAAUGUAUACAAUAAACUGCAAAGAAAUUACUAGCAGCUUGCAACACAGUACAAACAGUUGAUUUCACGAUGAGUCUAGUUUUUGACCUGGCGAAUUGCCCAUAAUGGUCUAAGAUUUUGGGGUGGCACCCUGGGUGGCCAAUCAGAUUUUACAUGAGGCUAGUGCCACCCUUGGCAUCCUCCUUGGCCACCUCCUUGGCCGUGCCCCUGUCUACAGUGGAGGGAAAAGUGCUCAGGUGUAAAAUUUCAAAGCUUUUAUCACCAUCUUGUGUGAAACUAAGCUUCUCAGCAUUUUUCCCUGUAGAGUUUGAAAGGCAGACAAGCCAGACGGUUUAUGAUGUCCAACCAGGAAAAAGAAACAUAUUGUACUGUGAGGUAUCCCCACAGAAAACACAAAGACAGAAACUGCGAUGAAACAUAAAAUCAACAGCAGUUUCUGGUAGAGCUGUGGGCCUUUACAUUUUCUGCUUGUGCAUCUAAACAUUUUUCUUGUAGAUUUAAUAAAUAAUCUUACAUAAAGCUUGGAAGUUUAAUGGGUCAAAGUAAUAGAAAGAAGGAUUAGAUUCUUAUAGAAGUCACAAAGAUAUACUGCUCAAGAAGGCAGACCAUGUAAUCCUGACAUCUGUGCCUUUGUGGUUUUUCAUGUGUGUUUGUAUGUGUGUUGUCACAGAGAUGGACAGGGAUCACGGGUUUUAUCGGCAGGUGGACGUCCAUGACCACGCUCACUACAUUGUUGCCUUCUUUGUCCUUGUGAUCGGGACAGUGGGUGUGACCGGUAACGCCUUGGUCAUGUACGCCUUCUUCUGGUAAGAGAAUUGAUAUUGGUGAUGAAAAUGUUUAUCUAUUGCAGCCAAUGAGAAGUGCAAAACUCAUAAUUGGGAGAACAGUAACUAUUUUGAGAGCUAAACCACUGUGCAGAUCAAUAAUUUCACACUGUAUACUCUCUGGAGUCCUUAGUACAGCCUUUGCUUGUAAUCUGAAGAUGACAUCUUGUGUUAAGAUUGGGAAGGCAAAAUGUCUUUGAUUUGAAAUAAAACCAUAUUUUGACCAUGUCCUCCAUGCUUUGAGUUGGAUUGCAACAAGGUUAAAAAAAAAGGACUAGCUUUUUUGACAUUUGUGUUGUUACCAAUGGAAGGUUACAAAUUUCAGCCCCACAAAAUGAUCUACAGGUAACACAUUCAAAAAAAUGCUGCAGGGACCUAAAUCUGCUCUCUUUCAUGGCCUGAAUUCUUGCAUUAAAAAAAUUGCUGUAAAUCUCCCAGUUAAUUAUCGUACAGGCUAUGAUUAGUAAUGAUCUCAGUUUAAAGCACUCAAAAUGUGCCUCACUAAAGUGCAAAGAAAUCUACCAGCAGCCAGGUGCAACACCACCCAGAUAACUCAUUUAGGUUUCUGGGGUGGCCAAUCAUCAGUGGGGCUUAGGCCACCCCUUCUCCUCCUCCUGGAUCUACCCCUGUCUCCCAGUUAUAAUGACCAGCCCAGUGCACACACCACUAAGAAAACAGAGGUGCCUUUUCUUCAGCUUCAUGGAUGCAAAGGUCAAACCAGUAAGAUGUUCGCACUUCGCUCUGUUUUUACCAGAAGCUGCAACACAAUCCAACUUUAGCGUGCGUUAACAAGUUAAGGUUGACAGCCCCGGUAACAGAAAUCAUUAAAAGGAUGGUUUAAAUUAUAGAUGCAUUGUUACUCUUACCUCUUGAUUUUUGUGCUGUAUGUGACCUACAUCUUCUUUAGCAACACUAUUACCUCCAGUUCUAAUAUCAAAUACUAAUACACAAGGCUUAUGCUGUAUCAGUUGAUGAAUGAUGAAGCUUCACUAUUAAAUGAAGCAGACAUAAAAUAGCUAGUAUCCAGGUAUUACAUUUUAAAAAAAAGAUACAACCUGGUCAGAAAGUUUUUAAAAAUCAAUUGAAAAGUUAUUUUAAAAGGAUGGUAAAAUCCCCAUGAGUAGUAUUCUGCAGAAAGUACAGCUGCGUGAUGUGUUUUAUCAUCAUUAUUCAACACGCCACAGUUUGCAUCACAUUUCUGCACAUGAACUGUUCCAACUUCUGGGAAACGGAGGAGAAAAGCACAGCCGACCGUGGGAGCAUAGUGAUCUACUGUUUCAGUUUGCUAUGAGCUCCAAAAACCAAGUCAACUCAAAGAAGCUGUUUGCCUCAGGAUUGUUCAAAUCAGAAAACAUGACACAGUUAAUAGUCCCUUUGGAACAAUAUUUGCAAUCACAGUUCAACCAUUUUGUGAACCCUGUUAGAAAACUUGUUGACAAGAACAGUGUACAAGAACAAAGUUUAGAAAUCAAGAGAACUAUGUAAAAAGAGCUCAGACUGUCUGCAGGGACACCAUAAAAGAGCUAUAUAUAGAACAAGAAAAUGAAGGAGACCUCAGAUUAUCUAAUACAUAAAAAUAUCUGAAUAUCUCAGCGUAAAUUAUGUAACAAUUAUCUUAUCAAAGCCUUGCUCAUAGAAAAUAAAUAUGUUAGUAAAAAAACGCGUUCUUUAAGUCAUAAAAGUAUUUUUAAUCUGGUAUGACCCCUUUUUUUUAAAUUAUUUUUGAGUGUUGUUAGGCGUCAACUUGUUGUCAUAUGAGUGACUACUCAGAAAAUGUUGGCCUGUGUUUCAGUAUUUCAUGAAAUGUACUUUGUCCUCUUCACUGUACCCUGAAUAGUCUGGGUGUUGCAUGCAGGGAAAUGGACAGCUGACCCACUCUGUUCACACACUGAGGAGCACAUAUGUCACAGUGAAAAGCCAAGAGGCCCUCACAACAGCUCAGUGAUUUCUACCCGAACUGGAUGAAUCAGUGCAUAAUUCAAUAGUCACUUACAUUAAGUCAAAUAAUCUCUUAUCAAAACCAAACACAAAAAGAGGAAGCAACCUUUAACAACAGUGUCAGAGUUACACAGGUAAUACAAGAAAGCCCCCAGUGCUUCACCUUAUACUGGGGUCAUACAAUGCAACCAUGUUCCCAGCUACACUACAAAUAAAGAAAGUCUAUUUAGGUUAAAUAAAAUAAAAAAAAAACCUCUCAAGUCCCUCCAAAAUUCUCAGUUUUUUCUUUUAACUUUCCUUGACACGCAUCCUGACAUAGCUAAUGACCACUCAUCGCAGCCUCAUUAUUUUCCAGCCAAAAGCUGCUGUCUUUCAUCCUUGGUGUUAUAACCGCAGGAAUAAAAGCAGCCUCAUUUUAGGGCGGUGAUGAUGAUGUGUCUGAUUUGUAUUUGACAUUGCUGGGGGCAGCAUUUUGGAAGUCAUGUCUUGGUGAUGAGAUGAUAGACACGCACAAACUCACAUCUCGGGGCAGCCGAUGUGUUGAAAUCAAAGACCAAGUAAAAUAUGGACGUAGACUUUGUGAUGUCACCAAUUGGUUUGUGAAGCCAAUGACGGUGGUAACCAUACUGGAAACUCUUGACUCAACCGAACAUCAGAUGGAGGUGAAGCAGAGGCCCUGAGCCUUAUGGUAAACCACUGUAGUUUAUCUGCUUUUCAGUCAAAUCAGCUGUGCUCAAUUUUGCCUAAUAGUGCAGAACUAUAAGUUAAUGUAGUCAAACCAUAAAACAUAUAGUAAAUGCAGUGAUGAGCUUUUAAGACCAAAGACAUUUAAAAAAAAAAAAAAAAAUGGGGGCCUUUUUUAAAAACAGGAUUUUCAGUAUAGGUGUUUACAGGAAUUCCUCAACUUUGGGGGUCAGCCUCAAGUGGACAUUUCAGGAACUGCAGCCUUUGCACCUUUGUAUUGGCUUCAUUUUUUUUUAUGCUUAAGACUGUUACCUGGUUAGAAUUGUAAAUCUCCAGUGGGCAUUUACGAUAAAAUUAAUCAAAUGUGGAUGAUUGAUUUAAAAAAUAUCAGUGAGUUAAAAAAACUCACUAAAUAUAUUUAUUUUGUCACACUUUCAUUACUGUGAAAACCCAGAGUAUAAGAUGUUAAAGGUUACUUACAUGUAUACCUUCUUUUGGGGCCUCCUUGACUGAAUUUUUUAAAAUCAACUUCCUCUUUAAAGCUCCAAUGGGGAACUUUUGGAUUAUCAAAUUUGGCGCCCCCUGUGGACAAAAAGGUUCUUGCCUAUCUUGCUCUUUAAAUGCCAAAACAAGGACUUCUAGCUGAAAAUCACAUCCAUCAUCUCAUUUUCCAUCUACCAUCCUGGUGGCUACCAGUGGUUGUUAGGUCAGCUCAGACUAUAGCAGCACUGGUUGUUGUGAGGUGCAGAUAGUAGACCUUCCUUUUCAAAAAUUUCAAAAAUUUUGUGUUAUCGAAAAUUAUUGAGGCAAGACUUCUGUGUUCGCAACACACAAAUGAAUGACCGAACAGUCUUUGUCUAUACUCUUCUCUUAAAGACAUAUACACGAAAAGAUACAGAGGAAAUGAUGCCAAUGGCCUUGAAGUAUACAAACUGGCUAGUCUGUAACAUCAGAAUACCACAUUGUAUGGCCUCUCCUUGGUGUAUAGCGGGACUAAGUGUGAGGUAAAAUUCUGGGCCGGACAUGUUUUCUGCAUUAAGGUCCAGCCUCCAGUGAUACACAGCCAUCUCAGAGGUCGCAUCACUCGAUCUCUCUUUCAGUCACACUUGCUCCGUGCACCCACCCACUUGCAUGUAAACACACAAAUACACUCAAACUGACUCGGUGCAGCGUGGGUCCCUUUGGCCUUCUUUUACAGUCAGCAGGCAAAAAGGGAGAAUAAUACCCAGAGACUGAGACUGAUAAGCGAAAAUAAUAUAAAUAAAACCUUUUAACCCUUUUCUGGCAUAGUUAAUAACAUAUAUUUUUAUAAAUUUGAUAGUAAUGUUAAAGAGGGGUUCAAGAUGUACUUGAUGUUUGGAUAUAUCUAGUUUAUCAUGAAAAGUAAGUCUGUGUAAAAGCACUUACAAAUGUCCCUUUGAACAUCUCUCCUGUUUGUAGGAGCCACUUCCAGGGUAAAAAAUGCAUUUGCUAAGAUUUGCAAACAGCUGCAGAAAAGCAAUCUGAGUUGAUGUGAGGGUGUGCAGUGAGCUAUGGCAUGCUAUGGCAGUCAAGGAUUUUAAGAACACGCCACUGCCCAAAUGAAAAAAAAGAACAUCUGUGCCUCACGUGGCACUAAAAGAAGUCAACAUCUGCUGGGCUCCACAUGGACUUAAAGUUUUAAACUCAAUAUUAACAAUCAACUUUUUAUGCUUUUCCAAGUGAGCACUCACCAGAACUUCAACAGUGAUAUAUGACUAAAAACAGGGACUUCCAAGACCGCUUCCCAGCUAUUUUCCAGAUAAACUGUUUCUUUUUUAUUUUAUCUCCAAAUCCCCUUGUUAUAACAAAGAAGUCAACAUCUGCUGGGUUUCAAGUGCACUUAAAGUUUAAAACUUAAUACUAAUAAUGAACUUUUUAUGCUCUUCCAAGUUAGCACUUACCAGAACUUCAGCAGUGGUAUUUGACUGAAAACAGGGUCUGGACUUCCAAGACCUCUUCCCAGCUAUUUUCUGGUAAACCGUUUCUUUUUUUUUUAUUGUAUCUCCAAACUCCCUUGUUAUAUUAUUCAGCCUGUGAAGUGCCUUUUUCAAUGAAAUCCAUAAACUUACACCAAGAGUUCAACUUAAGCAGAAGAAACACAAGAGCCCAGUACUCCCUAUUUAACAUAAGUCAUCAAAGUCCCAGCUUUACGAAGGUUUCGAGGUUAUAUUUUUGGAUUUUUCUGCAGUGGGAGGUAUCUAAAGAUUGAUUUUACUAUCCCCUAUCUGUUCAUUAGAACAGCACAGUGAUUUAAUAUUAGAUAUAUUAACAGAUAUCCUGUGAUGUGGGAGAAACCUUGAGGACAGAUGGAAAAAAUAUCUGUUGAUUGCCUCUUAACAAAGCAUUGCUAAUAGGCAAAUUAACUGUGAAAAUGAAAACAACAAAUAGCAGGCAGGGUAACAAUAGCAACGCAAAAAGUACAUUGAGAUACAAAAUAGAAGGCCAACUUGUUAAUUUCUGGUAUAAACAAGAGUGUUUACGCAACGUGUCCUGAACAUACCACAAUCAAACUGAUAGGGAGUAAUUGCUUGUACUGGCUGCUUAGCAACCUGGAUGUUCAAAGAGGUCAUUUUGCUUUCCAUGUUGGCCAAGGCACAAAACUCCCAAUACUAUCAUCUCUUUUCUCAAAUUUUCAACAUCAGUCAAGUUUUCAGAGUGGACCAGCGAUAACACUACUGUGGGACUUUGCAUAAAUGCAGUCAUAGUAAUCACUACCAUUUUCCUUUUGACUCUCAGUGUAUUUUAUUUUAUUUCUUUGCACUUUUUAAAAUUCUUGACCAUGUUUUGAUUCAAUAGAAAACUAGAUGAGGUCAUAGAUGUUUGGACCUGAUUUGUUUUGUGUUUUCAACUAAGUUCUAAUGUUGACACCCGGAUUAGUGUUCACUAGGCAGUCCAUGAAAAAAGAAACGUGUUCAAUUUGAGCUGAGACAAACUAAAUCAUCCCGCUCAGUUGUUGCACUGUUAAGCAAAAUUCACAGGACGGUUGGAGUAAUGGAUUUUAUGUGUCUAUCUGUCUCCACUCCAGGUCGUGUCAGUUCACUUUCUCCUCUGAAUAUUGGAGGAGAGCAAUGUUACUCGAACUGAAGUGUUUUAUUCAAGGGAGGUUAACAAGAAAACGCUAUCAUGGACAAAAUUGAAAGAUUUAAAAUUCAUUUUAACCUUACUCCUGAGUUUGUGUACAAGGUGUGCUCCAAAAGCAAAAGCAGGGAUGCUGCGGAGGUUGUGGACGUUUGUGCUCCUAAAAUCUUGGACAAAUUUAUCUGAAUGUUUUUGGAUAUCCUUAUUUGACUGAUGGUGAUUAUCUGCCAUCGUUCAGAGAGUGCAUCUUAUAUAAAAGUUUGUUUAUAAUUGGGAGUCUGACCUCUAGUGAUGGAGAGUCAAAUUUAACUGACUCUUCAUUAUAGCUGCUAACAGCUUCAAAGAAGUCAUUGCCUCGAUGACCGGACUCUGAGCAGACUAACAGGUUUAGUUUGCCAUAACAAAGUUAAACAGAUCAAAUGGUGUUGAAUAAACGCUUGUGCUCCUCCAUUAUAUUUCUACGGUAUUGUCUUUAAAUUAAACACAGUUUAAAGAUUCCUAAUGUAAAAGAUCCUGUUUGCACUUUAAAUUUUUAAAUGCCCCUGUCUUAACAGAAAUAUUUUGUGAAACAAUGUGAUUGACACAAAUAAAAAUAAUAGUUUGUGGCCUGAUAGUAAUUUUGAUUUGAAGACUUCGCUGUCAUUUUGUGUUUCAGUAACAAGAAGCUGCGCACUCCUCCCAACUUUUUCAUCAUGAACCUGGCAGUCAGUGACUUCCUCAUGGCCAUCACACAGUCGCCAAUCUUCUUUGUGAACUCCCUUUACAAAGGGUGGAUUUUUGGUGAAACAGGUACUUUUUAUAGGGUUGGGUUAGAGAGUACAAACAGUAGUAACACUGUUGAACGUUUGUUGUACUUAUGCGUCAGUCUGACUUCUGAGACCAAGUCCACUCACUUGGCUAAGACUAAAAAUUGCCACUAAGAGUCUUCAACAAAGAAAUCAUAAAUAAGUCAUGUUACUUGAAUUAAAAAACUAACAUAUCCUCCUGUCUUUUCCUUUACAGGUUGUAAAAUCUAUGCAUUUUGUGGAGCUUUAUUUGGAAUCACUUCUAUGAUAAACCUUCUGGCAAUCUCCAUAGACCGCUACAUUGUCAUCACGAAGCCUCUGCAGGCUCUACAGUGGACCUCCAAGAGACGCACUUGCCUUACGAUAGUGCUGGUCUGGCUUUACUCACUCGCCUGGAGCCUCGCACCACUUCUAGGUUGGAGUAAGUGACUUAAUCUCUUUCUCUUGUACUCUUCAUUUUAAUGAACCAUCCUUAAUUUAUGUUAUCAGGGCCUCAUUUUCUCUCUUAUCUCUCUUCGUUGCUGUCUUCUCCAGGUUCGUACAUACCAGAGGGUCUGAUGACCUCAUGCACAUGGGAUUAUGUGACAUCCACUCCUGCCAAUAAGAGUUACACUUUGAUGCUGUGCUGUUUCGUAUUCUUCAUCCCUUUGGGCAUAAUAUCCUACUGUUACCUGUGCAUGUUCCUGGCGAUCCGCCGUGCGAGCAGGUGAAUGAAUUCAUAUCUGUGAAUAUGCAGCACUCCUAAGGAGAGGACCCUUUAAUGUUAAUACUUUUGCUACUUUUAGCCACUAUACUGAAAAAAAAACUUUAUCAUACCAUAUUAGAGUGCACAAAUUAAGAUGCAUUUUCACAAAAAAAUUCACUCUAGUUCUUCUUGCUUGUCUAGUUUUUUCAGUAUAUGUUGAUAUAUUGUCUUUCAUACUGUGGAUUCUGCCAUCUCAUGCCUGCCUUUUAGAAGAUAUGUGGGCUUCUACAGUGGCUUUUACACUACUUGUGAUUUACUGCAAAAAAGACAACCCCCUUAAGCUUCAGUUAUUCACUUUUAGUAUUUACCUGAAAGGCAUGAGUGCUGCUAUGGAUUUCGGCCACAUAAAAAAAAAAAAACUCUACUUUAAAACUGCAAAUGUUCAAAUAUUUUUUAGGAAUGGGACCUUGAAUCAUCCUAACAUUACUCCUUCAUAGAGAGCUCUGCUGGAGGGCAACUGAACCUGUCAACUCAAAAAAUGAUAGUUUUAGCUUACAUUACUUACUAUGAAUAUUUCAGAGUUUCUGGAUACUUUAAUAUUCAUAUGAGAAAAUAAGAAUAACUGGGUUCCCUCUACCUCUAUACCUUCCUCAGUUUAAAAGCUUUUCAGGUUUGCCAUGCCAUAACUGCAGUGUUCACAUCCUUUCUGCGUCACACUUCUGUUGCUGUGACGGUCAAAGAUAACAAUACACUUCAGGUAGAAGGUUGAUGUUGUACACCCAAACAAAGAGCGCGCCAUUUUCAGCUCAUACACUUUCAUACGAACACACACUCACACAAUAACCAUUGGUGAGUGAGUGAGUGACAGCUGUCCAACAUAAAUACAUCCCUUGCUAUCUGUGUUAUGAACUGUCUUUCUGGAAGCAUUACAUACAGUCAUUUUAAAUUCAUUUAAAUUUCUCAUUUUUUAAUCUGUCUAAAAGACACAUGCAUCUAAUGGAAUUUAAAUAUUGUGAAAAAGUUUUGUAAUUCUGCAGCUCAAAGAAUGCAAAUAUAACAUCUCAAAUUUUCAUUUUAAGUUUGAGUAAAUUACUAUUCAACUACUAUAAAUACAGUGCAUCUCUUCGUCUAGUCCAGUACAUGUAACCACAAUCAUGGGAAAAACUGCUGACCUGACAGCAGCCCAGAAGAUCAUCAUUGACACCCUCCAGAUGGAGUGUAAUCAAAAGUAGACCGGUGCUGAAAAGGUUGGCUGUUCACUGACUGCUGUAUUGGAUAACAUAAAGAGGAAAAUUGACUGGAUGGAAAAAGUGUGGUUGAAAAAUCUUCACAGGCAACAGGGAUGACUGCAGCCUUGAGAGGAUUGUCAAGAACAGUCAAUUUAAGACCUUUGGAGGGUUUCACAUAGAGUGGAUUGAGGCUGAGGUCAGUGCUGAUCCUGAAUUAGGGACAACAUCAGAGGAGCCUUACUUGCACUAGGGGAAAAAAGGAGCUAUACUGUAGUCUGUGAUGAUUUAGGGUGCUGUGUCAUCGCCUGGUGUUGGACCACUAAGUCCAAAGUUAACACAGCCAUCUGAGCUUAGUGUAGAAAUGAUCAUAUUUUUCAAAAAUUUGGGUUGAAGUUUCACGUUUGAUACGUAAUGGGUGUGGAACUUCAGGAGGUCUAUCUUUUCGCAUGACAAAUAUACAACUUUUUCAUGAUAUUCUAAUUCAUUGAGAUGCACCUGUAUGUUAACACCUAAAUUCCUCUUCUCCUCCCUGACAGAGAUGUGGAGAAAUUGGGAUCACAGGUGAGGAAGUCAGCCCUGAUCCAGCAGCAGUCCAUCAAGACUGAAUGGAAGCUGGCCAAGAUUGCCUUUGUGGUCAUCAUAGUGUUUGUGCUUUCCUGGUCGCCCUAUGCAUGUGUCACUCUCAUCGCCUGGGCUGGGUAAAUAUACAAUGUGACAAGGCUCUUAAUGCCAUGAUUUAUUCUGACACUGUACUGCAUUUUGAUGUGGAGAUUACAUGAAAGUCCCUGACAUUAAAGCAUAUAACAUAAAUGAUGCUUGCCUGCCCUGCUGAACUCAUUUCAGCCAUCAACCAUGAACCGCAUCCCACUACUCGUAUCUCUUGAGUACCAUUGAAUAAGGCAUGAUGGAUUGUCAUGGAAAAGGUCAACUGCUGGUGAAGGAACAUAGCUUCUGUUUUAAUAGACAGUUCCUCUUCUUACAAAUGUCUGACACCUUUCAGAUAUGGAAGCAUCCUUGACCCCUAUUCCAAAGCAGUUCCUGCUGUUAUCGCCAAAGCAUCAGCCAUCUAUAACCCCUUCAUCUAUGCCAUCAUUCACUCUAAAUACAGGUGAGCACAACCUCAAACUAAUUGAGAAUCUAAGCUUGAGAAGAAGGAGAUUUUACCAAGAAGUGUUUUUUUUUUUUUUUCAACAGGGACACCCUUGCAGAAAAAGUCCCUUGUCUCUACUUUCUGGCCCAGGCCCCAAAGAGAGAGUGCAUAUCAGUGUCACAAAGCGAGUCCUCCUUCAGGGAAUUGAUGCUCAGCAGACAGUCAUCAGUGUCCAUAACCAAGUUUCACAGAGUUUCCUCCAUGUCCACGACCGAAACAGUAAGCAGAGCUUUUGAACUACCUCACAGAAAUCAAAUGCAAGGACAUUUUAUUAACAAGUAUUUAUUCAAACCAAGAGCUUGUUGAUUUAAUGUUAAGGUAGAAGAUGGAAUCAGCCAUUUUUGACAAUUCAAGCUUCAGCAUAUGAACAUAGAUUUCAUAUUUCUGGCUUUAGAAGAACUUAAAAUAUAAAAAAAAUGUAGGUACUAUGUUUUUUAUAUGCAGUUGGAUUGAUCAUGUCUGCUGUGAUAUCAGAUUCUACGUUCUCACGCACAGUCUGCGAAACAAGUCCUGAAAAUGACUCACAAUUAUAGAUUCAUACCUGACUAUAUGCAUCUAUCCUUUAUAGCAGAUUUGGAGUGAUGUAGAGCUGGAUCCCAUUGGCCACAGUCUGAGGUCCAGCAAUUCCCUCGGAGCUCUGAGGGACAAAGAGUACAGCACAUUGGCAAAGAAACCCAAUCAAAAGGGAGGCCAAAGCAUGGAACAGGUAAGGUAGGUGCUCUCCAUUACAUGUAUUUAACUGAUUCAAUAAUAUUGGAGUUAAAGGCAUUAAAAGCGUGUGUCAUGUCAUGUACCAAACUUAAAAAAACAACAACUUCUGUUCAAGACUACCAUCUCAGAGCACAGCUCAUUGAAAAGAAGAGACCACGUCCUGACUGUGAACACAGGGAAGCCCUCAACAUGGGGGGCCAGAAAGGAAGAGGAUCCCAAAAGCUGGAAUAAAGAAACAGAAGUGGACUUCAAAAACCAGCAAGGGAGAGAUGAAUCUGAACAAACAGAGAUACAGCAGAUGCACAAGGAGAGAGAUAAGAAGGACACAGAGAUCCUCAUCAGGCCAGACACUCUGGAUAAUACUAUGCGAGUGAACUCCACUGCUAUUAUCAGACCCAACACCAAGAAAGGCUGUACGGACUAUAGCUACAGUGAAGAAAAACAUAGCAAAAAGAAGGAGCUGUUGCUCGAUUUGCAGCCUCUUGACUGUCCUGCUCAGUUAUUUGAGUCUGUGCAAAGAUUUCUUUCUCCAACUCCAAGGAGCUAA